AUGCGAGCGCUCCGAUUGGCUGCAUCCAAAGAAGACGCCGUCUUCUUGCGCGUAAUCGUAGCUAGGCACAGUAACGCACAGCAACGCACUGUAAGGCACAGCAAUGCACUCAAAAUGAGCCUGAUAAGCCUUCCACUAGAGCUCUUCCAGGCCACCAUAACGGAGACUGUCUGGCUUGUGGGUCUUCGCCAGGCUGUAAAUUUGAGGCUGGUCUGCAAGCUGUUUGAUACCGAAGCAAAGCGCGCUAUAUGUGCACUUCCAACAUUCGAUACCGCCUACAGACAUUCACUACCGGACGGGCUUCAGUUGCCGCAAAAGAUGGAUCUAGCGAUGACGACAACGCUCAUAUUGACCAAAAUGAACGCCAAAGAUGCCGCAAAAAGGCCUCUCUGCCUUGCCAUUACUCGCGCAGUGGACCAUCUCGAAGACGAAUUUGGGCAGAAAAAAGCCGGCCUGCGGCUCGAAUUCAUUGAGGCGCUAGCGAGAGCAUCGGUGCAUGCUUUACCACUCUGCGAGAUAACCGACUGCCUUGUCACAAACCCCACUGUACAGAUUGACAAUCUGUGGUGGAGCCGUGAAAAUGAGCCCUGGAGAUUUCACACUUUCCGCCGCAAGCAUCCAGGGGUUGAGCCAUUAAGACAUCCUAUUGAAUAUCUCGCACCGAGUUCAGAUAAAUAUGCCGACACUACACGCGAAGGCGCGCUCAUUGCCGCACUAUCCACGAAACGUUUUCAAUUAGCAAGACGACUACUUGAAAGUGGUGUGAAUGGCAUAACGACAAGCUAUGCUUUCGGCGUGCCCUUAAAAGUUGCGGCACUUACUGGGGCUCAGGAGAUCGUGCGGAUGAUCCUAGACAGAGUUUUGGGGCAGAGAAAGGAAGACGAUCUCGAAGCACCUGACAUCAUUGAAAGUGCCAGGCAAUGUGUCUUGCAAGGAGCAGCAGCAAACGGCCAUGUGCAUAUUCUGCGAAUGAUCUGGGAGGUGCCGGAGUACAAUUGGGAGAGUUUAGGCACAGGGCUCACUCGUUCUAUCAAGUUAGCCGUCGAAAAUGGCCACGAAGGUAUUGCAUCGUUUCUGUUGCAGCAUCGCACCCCUAUUCCACUAAGGGAAUCUGCGCAACACGACUCAAGACAAGCCCUGGAAAGACGAGAGUUGAAGUUCUGGCGCAAUCUUACGACAACAGCUACACGACUUGAUUGCGAAAACAUCUUGAGAAUUGCUUUAGAGCAUUUCCCUUACGAGAACGAUGAAUGGAUUUCGCACGAGCUAAAAAAAGGCGCUUGAUCAGGGACAAGCACAUGUUGCCAAGAUCCUGGCGUCGAAAUGUUCUCGAACCAUUACCGUAAUAUUCGGACAGUCUUAUAGUCAAAUUCGGCUUUAUCAGGCCGCUCGAUCAGGCAACACUACUCUAGUGGACUUGUUGCUUGACCAUGGAGCAGUUAUCAAUUCUGGAAAAUGAGACAGGCUAAUGCAUCCCUUGUGUGGAGCAGCGCUCAAAGGAUGGGUCAAGACCGUAGGUUAUCGUAUAGGAAAAGGCGCGGAUAUCUACUUCGAUUAUUGCGGCUCGCAAGCUUUGGCACUCGCUGCUUCGCACGGUUUCACAGGUGUGGUACAAAUACUAUUAGAAGCAGGUGCUAAUGCGCAAUUAGCGCUUCGGGGGGAAGCUAGUGGGAGUUCGAUACCUCGAUUUGAGAAAGCGAAGUCGGACUUUCCUGACGUUGUGAAAAUAUUGCAAGGGCAUAUUUCUG